AUGAAGGCAACUGAAUCUUUCCCAAAGAGAGCUAAAGACAUGUUUGACUCAAAUACCAAUAAGAACUUAACGAAUGUCGUGUGGUGCCCGACAGAUCAGAUGAAACAAAUACCGAUUGUGAAGAACUUUUGUGAUGGAUCACUACGUAAGAUGGAAUAUUGGGUCUAUGAUGUUGCCACAACUUCUGUUGUCAUCAAAUUCCCAGAUGGUGUCUUUCAUAUUGUUGACAAAAGGGAUCUACUACAAUUUGGUGAAAGGGACAUCCACACUUUGGCUCAUCAUGAAAUUUUAUGCCAUAAAGAGAUUUUUUAG